AAAGUGUUUUUAUUUUGUUCCAUCAUUCAUUUCCAAGGUUCUUUUUGUUUCUUUUUUUAUGUUUAACAACCUUUUUCGGCUGUGAGUAGCGGGAGCUUCCAUUCUUCAAACUAUCGUUGAACCCCCUUCCUUACCUAGUUAGGACCUGAUAACCUGGUAUUCCUCAAGCACCUGAAACUGGCAGCUAUUCUCUUCGUGUCUGUGUGUUUGGGGAGCUCUGUGACCACAGCUUAAGCACCACUCAGCCUUCUAGUCACCUAAGCCUAACUAAAUCCAGCCAGCUCUAGCCUAGUCCAGCCCAGUCCAGCCUGCUCCGAUCAUCUGGACAGGAUACUCAGUUCUGUGUGGACGUGAGGAAUAUGACUGCUGAGACUCUUAACUUCGGCCCAGAAUGGCUCCGUGCACUGUCCAGUGGGGGGAGUGUGACGUCCCCCCCUCCUUCCCCCGCCAUGCCAAAGUACAAGCUGGCCGAGUACCGCUACGGCCGAGAGGAGAUGUUAGCACUUUAUAUCAAAGACAACAAGGUCCCAGAGGACAUGCAGGAUAAGGAGUUUGCUGCUAUUCUGCAAGAUGAGCCCAUGCAGCCACUGGCACUGGUGCCUCUCACUGAGGAGGAGCAGAGGAACUUCUCCAUGUCUGUGAACAGUGUGGCGGUGCUGAGGCUCAUGGGAAAAGGGGUGGGUGGGGCUGCCCCAGCUGGAGUGGUCCGAGGACGAGGGGCCACACGAGGUGGUCGAGGACGAGGUCGUGGUGAAGGUGGAUUCUACCAAAGAAGUAUUGAAGAUGUGGAGGUGGGUUUUGGCCGCAGCGUCCGAGAGAUACACCGUAGCCAGAGCUGGGAUGACCGGGGUGAGCGUCGAUUUGAGAAGCCGCUGCGGCGGGAGGUGGGGCGCCCUGGCUUUGAAGAGGCUGGAGUUCCCGGGGGUCCAGGGAGGAAGGAGUACACAAGGGCUGACAGCGAUAACUGGCGCACCCUCCGGGAGGAGCAGGAGGAGGACGAGGGGGAACCAGGCAGCAACUGGAGACUUGCUGGACCCCGCAGGGAUGUAUCUUCAGUGAUGGUGGUCAAUUUCUUCCCUCCGUCAGAUGGUGGUCCUCGCUCAGCAGGCUGGCGGGACCACAGUGGACCGGGUGAGAGUCGUCGUCGGAAGUUUGAUUUUGACUUCCGGGACUCCGAGGGUCAUAGUGGUGGCCGCCGGCGAGCAGGCAGUGAGGGACUAGAGGAUGACAGAGAUGGCCUGCCUGAGUGGUGUACAGAUGAAGAGGAUGGGGAGAUGGGCACGUUUGACUCCUCUGGAGCUUUCAUGCCUCUGAAGAAGGGUGGCAAGGAGACAAUCCUGGAGGAGGAAUUGGAGUUUAAGGGGAUAGAGGAGGAGGAAGAGGAGGAUAGCCUCGCUGACACAGAGAGGAACAGUGCUGAAGGAGACAAAGACAAAGAGGGUAAAGAAGCUGGCUCUGCUGUGGUUGAUGGUGAGGCAAAGCCAGCAUCACCUUCCUCUUCUCCUCCAACACACUGUACCCCUCCAUCCCUGGAGCCCCAGCCCAGCAAUGCGGGCCCGGUGGUGGAUAACACGCAGCUGAGCAACAGUCACCCUGUCAAGGCCAACAGCACGCCUGGUGAAGAUGUGGCUCCGGUAGGAGGGUCCAAGGCCCAGCUGAGCCCCAGCGCCGCCACCUCCUCCAGUCUGCCUCCUCCCCCCCCUUCCUCUGCUGCUCCUCUCCUCCCUCCAUCUGGAGGAGACACCGAGGAUGAUGAGGGCAUGAAGCACCUGCAGCAGGAGGCAGAGAAGAUGGUGGCAUCAUUGCAGGACACCUCUUUGGAGGAGGAGUGUUUCACCCAGGCUCUGCAGCAGCAGGAGAGCAGGAACACAGCAGCUGCUCUACCGCUGUCUCACGAGGCUGCCAUGAAGUGGUUCUACAAGGACCCACAGGGAGAGAUCCAGGGUCCUUUCACCACAGUGGAGAUGUGCGAGUGGUUCCAGGCUGGCUACUUCACCAUGACCCUGCUGGUGAAGCGGGGCUGUGACGAGGGCUUUCAGCCCCUGGGGGAUGUCAUCAAGAUGUGGGGCCGUGUGCCCUUUGCCCCAGGGCCCUCACCGCCGCCCCUGCUGGUGAGACAGCCACCACCAACGCAGCGCCCGCAGCCCAACCGGGGGCCCGCCGGGACUGGAAACCUGGACCAGGAGCGCCUGAAAAAGCAACAGGAGCUGGCAGCAGCAGCUCUUUAUCAGCAGCUCCAACAGCAGCAGCUAUUCCAGCUCAUUAACAGGUGCAGUGAGCAGAGUAUGAUGCCUUCGAUGAACAGGUCAAUGUCAGUGCCAGAUACAGGGUCCAUGUGGGACAUGCAUACCUCAGCUUCACAGCCGUCAGGCGGUGAAGCCAGUCUUUGGGACAUAACAAUGAAUCCUUCUACUCAGGGUCCAACUCUCGAACAGCUUCAAAAGCUCCAGCAGGAGAGGCGAGACGCUGAACUCAGGGCGAAGCGUGAGGAGGAGGAACAGCGUAAGAGGCGGGAGGAAAAGAGGAGGCAACAGGAGGAGCAGAAGAGGAGGGAGGAGGAGGAGCUCUUUAGACGCAAGCAGUGUCGUCAGCAGCAGGAACUGAUCAUGAAGUUGCUGCAGCAGGCCCCCCAGCAGCAGGGUCCUGGGGCAGGUGGCUCAGGCUGGAGUGGGGGUCCCUCCUCUGGGCUCACCAAAGCAGGAAAGUCUCCAGCUCUGGCACUGAUGGAAAUGCAACAGGAGGCAGAGAGGCUCCUGAAGCAGCAGCAGCAACAGAGAGCCCAGCAGCAGAGAGACCGCCACCCCGGCAUGUCGAUGGGGAGCUCCUCAAUGGGGGGGCAGUGGGUGGAUGGUGUUGGGAUGUGGGGUGGGCCUGGGGGUAUGGACGGUAAAAGUGGCAGUGGAAGCUCUUCAGGCAGCAUGGGCAUGUGGGACGAGGCUGUGAAGAAUCAGGCCGGCCUGCGUGGAAACAGCAACAACAACAUGGGUUUGAAGAAUAGCCGCAGCAGCCCAUCACUCAGUGAUCAGUACAUGAUGCGUCGUAAGAGGACGGAGGAGGAGGAGAAGCUGCUGAAACUGCUGCAGGGCAUGAAGCCUCAGGAUGGCUUCACCACCUGGUGUGAACAGAUGCUGCACGCUCUCAACACCUCUGCCAACAACUCCUCCUCCUCUCUGGAUGUUGCCACAAUUGUGGCAUACCUGAAGGAGGUGGAGUCUCCCUAUGCAGUGCUGGACUUCAUCCGGUCCUACCUAGGGGACACAGUGGAAGCCAAAGAGUUUGCCAAACAGUUUCUGGAGCGACGUGCCAAACAGAAAGCCAACCAACAGAGACAGCAGCAGCAGUUAUCAAAGGAAGUGGCUGGAUUGAACAUGAACUUCCCUCUGCAGGACUCAAUGCGAGGUAUGAAUCCAAGCACCCUGCAGUCCAUGUUUCAAGCCAACCACAUGGGCAAGGCUGGUCUCUAUGACAACCAGGGGGGAAAGAUGAAAAAGAAACAGCCCAUGAUGCUGCACUCCGACCCCAGCAUCUUAGGGUACUCAUUCCACAACACGGGCGAGUGUCUGAGCCUGAAUGAGAUGGAGAUGGUGGAGGAUUACUGAUGUGACGCAGCGCAGCAGCAAUAGCUACCUGAGGCCUUCUGUCUUUUAAUCAGACAAACCUGAUGACGAAUGUGCACUGCUGGGGGAACCAGGGGUGGGGGUAGGAAGGGAGCGUGCGUGAGGGGAGGAGCAGGGUGGAGGCGCCUGGAUCUGUGCCUCCCACUCUUUCCUUCCCUCUGGAAAGAAAAAAAGGGCUCCCUGCUGCACCAGUUGAUCACUUGAGCAGGGGUGAGGAGGGGUGAGGUUAAAAAGGAAGAUGGGUAUCCUCUGGCACUCAAAAGAUUAAGCACCUUAUACUGAACUAAUGCACUUUAUUGAGAUGGGAUUUGAAUAGGUUUUUUUAUUUUUAUUUUUUUUAUUUUUUUUGUGCGUGUGUGCGCGUGUGUGUGCGUGCGUGCG